AGAAGGGAGUGACGUGAUGGUGGCCAUGGAGGAGAACCACAGUCAUCUGGCGGUGAUGGAGCCAGACCCGAAGGCCCCGGGCGGUGUGAGGCUGCAGUUCGAGGGCUUCAUGAUCAACGUUCUUGCGUAUCUGGCACAAGGACUCAACUUCUCGUACACGUUCAGGCGACCUCCAGACAGAGCAUGGGGCGUGAAGCUGAGGAACGGCUCCUUCACCGGCAUGGUGGGCCAGGUGCACAGAGAGAGAGCAGAUGAAAGAGCCGGGCAGGGCCUCAUUCACUGCACGGUUACUGACGCUCUGCAGGAUGUGAAUCUCGGUCUGGGACCCUUCGCCAUCAAUGCCGCGCGCUACGAGGCCGGGGACUUUACUUGGCCCAUCAACUUCAUGGUCGUUAAGGUGCUCGGAGGUCGCGGGAGCCCAGAAGUGGAUCCCUGGGGCUUCCUACUGCCCUUUGACCCGUGGGUGUGGGCAGCGCUGUUCUCUUUCUUCUUGCUGCUCUCCGUCACCUCCUACUUCCUCUCCACCGUGUUCUCCAAGAAAGGCUCCAAGAAAGAAGACUUUGCCACAAAAAACCUCCAUUUCAUAGGCAUUAUGUUUCGUCAGUAUAUCCCUUUCACAUUCCACGCUGGAUUAAUGCUAGCAAUUCAAUACGUCUUACUAAACCACACUGCAUCUCUUGGCCCGACAGCCAUGUGGGUGGGUGAGGGCGGGUGUUGGUGGCAGCGCGUGGUGCUGGGCGUGUGGAUGCUGAUGACCAUGGUGCUGACGAGGAGCUACGAGGGCAACCUUAUGUCGCUGCUGGCCGUGAGACACCUGCCCCAGCCCUACCAGACCCUCAGGGACGUGGUGGACGACCCCUCGGUGGUCAUGGUCUGGGAAAAGCAAGGAGCACCCAUGCUGGCGGUGAUAGACGCCACUUUCGGGAUCUACGAGGUGAAGAAAAAGGAGGAGCAGGGACGCCUAAAGGUACUUCAGCGCAUUGACUAUGACUCCAUCCUGGACGAGGUGAUCAGGCAGCAUAAGGUAAUCAUCGACUAUGACUUGGUGACGACCGGGACCAUAAGCAAGCACUUCUCUCGCACAGGUAACCAAGAGGAGGUUGUGUGUGGACUGAAGCUGUUAAUAUCAGACAUAACAUCAGUUCAGCGAGUCACCAUUUCCACAGGGCGAUGUGACUUGUAUGUCGGGCAUGGGAAUAUUCUGGCUCAGCCCAUCGCCCUUAUGAGCCAGAAGGACAGUCCUCUCAUCCCCGCCCUGAACGAGAGGAUUACUUCCAUGAGCUAUGCUGAUGGUCCUUGCGGGGGGCCUGGUGGUGGGUCUUGCCGUUCUGUGCCUGGAAGUGGUGGUCGCUAG